AUGGAGAUUAUGUACUCUAAGAAAAGCAUAAUUUUACAUCAACUGAAGUAUAAAGUUGAGCUUCUAAAGAGAUUUGAGUUGUUGAAUUAUAAAGUUGAUGUCACACCUGCUGAUACAAAUCAGAAAUUGGAUUUUGAUUCUGUUGGGGAUGAUGUAGAUGCGACUAUGUUCAAGCAAUUGGUAGGUUCUAUGAGAUAUUUGUGUAAUACCAGACCUGAUAUUUGCCAUGCAGUUGGAAUGUUGAGUAGGCUUAUGAGUAAACCAAAGUGGUCUCAUUACCAAGCCGCUGUCAGAAUUCUGAGGUAUAUAAAUGGAUCUCUGAAGUAUGGAGUUUUGUUCUCUUAUGGUGCUGAAACUGACUCAGAACUUCUGAGUUACUCAAAUUUUGACUGGUAUGUAGACGGGGUUAUCAGAAGAAGUACUUCUGAAUACUUGUUUAAGUUUCUGGGAAGUUCUAUUCUUUGGUGUUCCAAGAAGCAACUGGUUGUUGCUUUGUCAACUUGUGAAGCAAAAUAUAUUGCAAGUGUUGUGACUGCAUGUCAAGCUGUGUGA